AUGCCUGGUCCACAGCGAAGGAGGAAGUACCAUCGCGGCGAUACGCAUCUGAAGAAAGGAUGGAGAACGAAGAGGAGGAAGAAGGAUUUAGAUCAGAUUGAUGAGGACUUGAAACCAAAAAAUGCUGACAUUUUGCUGAAUCAACCAGUGGAUCUUGACCUUCCUGGUAGUGGACAACAUUAUUGUCUUCACUGUGCGUAUUUUGUUGAUGAGAGCACGAUGCAGAAACACUUCACAUCAAAGGUUCACAAAAGAAGAAUGAAAGCCCUUGAAGAUGAACCUUAUUCUAUUGAAGAAUCUGAGAGAGCAGCCGGAAUGGGGUCUUACAUUCCUCCCAAGAAGAGGAAAAUAACAACCCAAGAAACCAAAAAGAUGGAGGAUGAAGAUGAAUCCCCAUCUUGA